UGAACCCAACUGCUCUAUACAUCCUAGUCGGGUAGAGUGUAGCAGCAACAUGAUCUUUUGAGUAAGUGGGUUGCAUGCGUUACCAGCAAGUGGCGGUGAAGCUCCUACGGCAGAAUCAUGUGCUGCAGCUGAACUUAGGGGUGUGAUCAUCAAGCUGUGCGAAUGAAGGCUAUUCAGCCCGGCGCUUGGACAAAAUUCCCAUGGCACAGUAUGGGAGACUGCAAGUAUCUACUGUAUUUAUCACUUGUGGGGAGGCUACUAUACGGAUUGAUCAGGGAAGACAGAGGCCGCUACGAUCUCUAUUUUCACGUGCUCCUUCUUGCUGUUCUGCGUCAUUUCUUCGGACAAUUGGGUAUCAGCUUGUCCCGAUGGCCCUACCUCAGCAGCAGAUACCAAAUUCAAAAGAAAGGAUUCUCAUUCGAUGCUGUGGAUCUCUCCAGCAACUGGGAUGAUUACAUUAUAUUGGACACGCUCCUCCUCUCGGUUACAGUGAUGAUACCGAUGUUCGGCAAUCGCUAUUACCCGCCGUGGGACUGGACAGGACUAGUGAUCUGUGCACUGCUGCACAUGGGUCCUGCGGAGGCCAUCUACUACUGGCUUCACCGCGCUCUCCAUGGCCAUUACCUCUACACUCGCUACCAUUCCCAUCACCAUUCCCUGUUCGUCACCGAAGCCAACUCAGGGACGGUGCACCCAUUUCUGGAGCAUCUCAUGUACGCCUCCAACUUCGCCAUCCCAUUGUUUGGAACGUGGGCGCUGGGGAGAUUUUCUAUUAGCACGCUCUACGUCUACACCCUGACGUUCGACACUCUGAACGCCAUCGGGCACUGCAACGUCGAGUUCGUCCCCAGUUGGCUGUUCGAUGCGUUUCCACCUCUUAAGUAUCUCAUCUACACCCCAUCAUACCAUUCUCUGCACCACUCCCAGGUGCACACCAACUUCUGCCUCUUCAUGCCAAUCUACGACUACUGGGGCGGGACGAUGGACAAGAAUUCGGAUGCUCUGUACCGAUCCGUCCGGCGAAGCGACUCCCAGGAGCGCGCGGACAACGUAUACUUGACCCAUGGGAUGGACUUGUUGCACAUGAUGCAUGUUACGCUUGGAAUUCAGUCCUUCGCGGCGACACCGUAUAAAGGUCCGAAUUGGCGGUUGUGGCUCCUUUACCCUCUCGCCCUGAUAGCAAUGCCUCUCCUCUGGAUCCUUGGGCAGCCGUUUGCGGCUGACAAGUAUUGGAUCCCUCGUACUCUACGGGGUGAGACUUGGCUUAUCCCCCGUUACCGUUUCCAUUACUCGCUUCCUGUCGAGAAGGUCCGAAUCAAUGCCCUGAUCGAACAGGCGAUUGUCAUGGCGGAAGAUGAAGGGUGCCGCGUCGUCAGCCUUGGCCAGCUAAACAAGGAGAUGAGAUUGAAUGGGUCCGGCGCUGCAAUUGUAGUACGCAAUCCUCAUCUAAAAGUCCGUAUCGUGACGGGACUCACUCUGACAGCCGCAGUUGUCAUCAACCGAUUGCCCAAACAAACGAAAGAGGUCUUUUUGGUUGGAUCCUCUGAUCUCAUCCGCUCAGUCGAGAUCUAUCUAGUUAGACGAGGCGUGCGUGUCUUAGUGCUGACGAAUUCCCCACGAUACUUCGGGAGUACUCAACCCAAAGUAACAAAGGUUAACCAGCAGCUUAUCGUGAACGUGAUGAGCUUCCAAGAGGGACAGCAUUGCCGGGAGUGGAUACUGGAUGAGUACGUCGAAGGCAAGGACCUGAAGUGGGCUCCUCCAGGAGCUGAUCUUCACCAUGUGUGCCAAGGGAGCAAACCUUUACCCCGAACGCGGAAAGAUUGCACCUACGCAAUGUAUCCUGCAAUGCACGUACCCAAGAGUAUGAAAGGGCUGCGGUCUUGCGAAGGGGGGUUGCCACGCGGGGUGAUAAGUGCUAGUCAUGCUGCGGGGGUGGUGCAUUCCUUGGAGAAGUGGACGCAUAACGAAGUAGGUCCUAUUGAUGUUGAGCGCAUUGAUACCGUUUGGGCGGCUGCCUUGAAACAUGGCUUCCAGAUGGCCGUUUAAGUUAAUGCGUGCUUGUUUAUCGCUAAA